AUGGACCGAAUCACGUUCAAAGUUAACGGGGAACCAUGUUCAGUACCAGUGAGUUCCGAGGUAGACUCGGACACGUCAGUGAACGACUACGUGCGCGACACUCUUAACCUCCAUGGCACAAAGUUCAUGUGCAAGGAGGGUGGCUGUGGAUCAUGCAUCGUCAACGUCACCAUCCCGGACCCCUAUACAGGCGGCCGACGAACUAUGGCCAUCAAUUCUUGUUUAGUAUCAAUAACAUCAUGUCAAGACUGGGAGAUCAAGACUGUAGAGGGGAUCGGCGACCGCCGAAAAGGGUACCACCCCGUCCAACGUGCGCUAGCAGAACACAAUGGCACACAAUGCGGGUUCUGUAGCCCCGGCUGGGUUAUGAGUAUGUACAGCUUGCUGGAGUCAAACCAUUACGAUCUCACCCAGUUACAGAUAGAACAAUCACUCGGUAGUAACAUAUGUCGUUGCACCGGCUAUCGUCCCAUUCUUGACGCGUUUAAGACCUUCGCAAAAGAUGCACCGAAACCUGAUCACCUAACUGAAAUAGAAGACAUAGAAAACCUUAAAAUAUGUAACAAAACUUGUGGCAAACAAUGCGUUGGCAAAGAUUGGUGUUUAGUUGACAAAAUUGAAAAUGGAAUUAAUGAAGUGAAAAAAAUUAUUUUGAAAGACAAACGUACAUUUUACAUAGUCUAUGAUCUCAAACAAAUUUUUGAGAUUUUAAAUAAGGAAGGCGAUAAUUAUAUGUUAAUUGGAGGAAAUACUGGAAAAGGGGCCUACCCAAUAUUCUCAUAUCCACGUGUCCUUAUAGACAUAAGCAGAGUUCUGGAACUAAAGACGCACGUAGUGGAUCAGAACCUAGUGCUGGGAGCUGCGACCACCCUGAAUGACACGAUAUCGAUCUUCUACGAGAUCUCACAUCAGCGAGAGGAAUUUAGUUAUCUUGCUCUGCUUGCCGACCAUAUAACAUUAGUGGCCCAUAUCCCUGUUAGAAAUAUAGGUACCAUAGCAGGCAACCUUAUGGUUAAACACAGAGUUCCCGUGUUUUCGUCUGACUUAUUCUUACUGUUGGAGACUAUUGGAGCUGUUCUUGUUGUCGUUGAUAAAAAUGGAAUGGUACAUUUAGUGACACCAGCUGAGUUCCUUCACCUGGAUAUGGCGGGCAAACUUAUUACAGAAAUCAGGAUACCACCGUACUCGCAUAAUUAUCGCUUUGUGUCAUUCAAGAUCAUGCCGCGAGGUCAGAGUGCACAUGCGCAAGUAAACGCGGCGUUUCUCUACGAGUUCCACCAUGAUGGCGAGACCGUACGCUCUGCCAGGAUCGUCAUCGGAGGUAUCUCAGCUACCUUCGUGCAUGCUUCACACACUGAGGAAUACGUGGUCGGCAAGAAAAUCUUCACAGAUGAGGUGCUGCAAGGAGCGCUGAAGGUGUUGGAACAAGAACUGAAGCCUGAGGAAAUCGCCGGAGAAUUCAAACCUGAGUAUAGAAAGAAGUGUGCAUUGGGACUUUUUUACAAGGGUCUUCUGAUUCUGAUUCCUGAGAACCGACUGAACCCUCGUUAUCGCUCGGGGACGCGACGCCUGCGAAGGACGAGACCUUUGUCCAAAGGGUCCCAAGAAUUUAAUACUAAUCCCCUCAUCUGGCCUAUUACGGAACCUUCACCUAAAGUAGAUGCAUUGAUCCAAUGUGCAGGUGAAGCAAAGUACGUGAACGACCUAUCAACACAGCCCCGCGAGGUUUUCUGCGCUUUCGUCACCUCGGACAUCUGCACCGGAGAGAUCCUGGAAAUUGAUCCUUCACCCGCAUUGAAACUACCGGGUGUCGUUGCUUUUUUCUCAGCAAAAGAUAUACCGGGACCAAAUAAUUUUCUACCACCUCAAGUACCGACACUUAUAACUAAAGAAGAAAUUUUUAGCGAUGGUCAGAUAAAGUAUUACGACCAACCCAUCGGGGUUAUAGUCGCAGAAACUGACAAACUAGCUAACCGGGCUGCUCUGCUGGUCCAUGUCAAAUAUAAGAAAGAUACGAGAAAACCAGUUUUAACUAUAGCAGAAGCCAUAAAAGAACCUAAUAGGGUAUCAUUAUACUAUGCCCUACCAGCACGUAACACAGGUGCAAACGUGCAAAGAGUUAUCAAGGACUAUAACAGGAUAUUACAUCAGUACCACUUCUCAAUGGAGACGCUUCACAGCGUGACCAGGCCUAGUGACGAUGGUCUGGACGCAUACAUCAGCUCGCAGUGGCCUGACGCCGUACAAACCGCCAUGUCAUCCGUUCUGGAUAUUCAAUCUAAUCGCAUAAGCCUAGUAAUACCCCGGAACGGUGGUGGAUAUGGAAUAAAGCUAUCUCGAGCUGGCUGGAAUGCCACAACGUGUGCAUUAGUCACUUAUCUGACGAAUCGACCCUGUCGCUUUACCAUGAGCAUCCAGUCCAUGAUGAGAGUCCUAGGGAAGAGGCCUCCGGUAACUCUAGAAUUUGAGGUGGGCGUUGAUGACAGAGGUGAAAUUCAGUACCUGGAAUACCACAUGUACGAGGACCACGGCUACGUGUUCGGUGACCAAUUUGUCAUUCUAGCACCACCCGCUAUUAAAAAUUGCUACGAGAAUUCACGCUGGUCAAUGAAGAUUUUUAAUGUUCUGACAGAUACGGCUGCCGCCACGUGGAUGAGGUCACCAGGUACCUUUGAAGCAAUUUCACAUACCGAAAUGAUGAUGGAGGAAAUAUCCUACGUACUAGACAGAGACCCCGUGGAGGUACGUCGUGCUAAUCUUAACCCACAAUAUCAGGAAGUCUCUGAAAUGCUCGAUGAACUGUUGCAAGACAGAGAAUAUUAUAAAAGGAAAAGAGAAGUUGACGAAUUCAACUCCAGAAACCGUUGGAAAAAAAGAGGAAUACGAAUUUCCCUCAUGAGUUGGUCGACUCCAAUUGCUUGCGGAUAUCAAGUUGAUUUAAACGUGUUACAUAGUGACGGAACUGUUAUUGUAAAACAUGGAGCCAUAGAGAUCGGUCAAGGGGUGAAUACUAAAGUGAUUCAAGUAAUCGCAUACACUUUGAAUAUUUCUACGGACAUGGUGAAAGUAAAAGCAAAUGAUUCAGCAAAUGUAAAUAGUUUCACAACUGGCGGGAGUAGAAGUUCAAGUUCGGUGUGUCUUGGUGCUAUUAAGUGUUGUCAGUUGCUGCUUGAUAGGUUAUCAGCGAUCAGAGAGACACUGAACAACCCUACUUGGGCAUUGUUGGUGCAAACCGCAUACUUAGCAGGAAUCAAUCUGCAAGCCAGUUAUUACACGACAUCAAAUGAUUUAGUGAUUUAUAGAACGGGAGCAGUAGCUAUGGCUGAGGUUGAGUUAGAUAUACUUACAGGAGAGCAUGAAAUUAGGAGAGUCGAUAUAAUUGAAGAUGCUGGAACAUCGGUCAAUCCGGUACUUGAUAUUGGACAGAUCGAAGGUGCCUUUAUCGUGGGCAUGGGCUACUGGACUACAGAGCACAUCAUAUACGACGAACACACCGGAGAGCUCCUCACGGACCGCACGUGGUUCUACCAUGUGCCAAGUUGGGCCGAUAUACCUCUCGAUUUCAGGACCAAGUUGAGGAAAAGUUCUUACAACCCCAGAGACGUUUUUGGAAGUAAAGCGGUUGGAGAACCCGCCACAUGCUUGUCGAUAUGCGUGGCGUUUGCUCUCAGAGAAGCUAUAGCGGCAUCUAGGCAGGAGACUGGAUAUCCCCGCACGGAGUGGUUCCACGUCGAUGGCCCGUUCACAUUGGAAGCAAACGUGCUAUCAGCAGACGUGCGACUUGAUGAAUUCAAAUUCAAAUAAAAGUAUAAUACAAUUAAUCACCAAACAAAUGUACUUUCUAUGACCUAAUUAACAUGACUGCUCACUAUAAUAAUAGAUCAGUCACCAAAAUUUAAUCAUCGAAUAAUUUCAAAACGGUUACUUAUAAAAAUGUCUAAUCUAUGGAAAAUAAUAUCAAUCACCAAAUAAUUGUAUUAGUUCAAAAAAUAACAGAUAUGUCAGCCUCUGCCGCUCGGCUUACGCUGCAUACUGCACGCUAUUUACGUACGAAAAUUGAAAUGAGCACUGGAAAAAAAUACGAUAAUCUAUUUUAUAUUUUUAUAAUAAAUUAUUUUCAAGCCACCUUUUUAGCUUUUAUUUAGGCCACCUAUAGCUACAUUUCUGAAUAGUGGAGUAA